AUGGAGUCAGAGCAACCCGCGCUACGCAUCGCUUGCCUCACUCCUUCCGCCACUGAUAUUUGUGUUGCCCUGGGGCUCAGCAGAAGUCUUGUUGGAGUGACCCAUGAAUGUGAUCAAAUUUCAGAUGGCUCAAGUCGUCCUCUGAUCUUGACAAAGGAUGUCCUACAGGAAGAGAAGAUCUCUUCACAAGUGGAUAUCCACCGCAAAGUGCAGCAGAUGUCCGAUCAAGCAAAAUCCGCUUCUGGAUCCCUUGAUGCCAUCCCAUCGCUGUAUCCCAUCGAUGCGAAUGCACUGCUGGAAGCACAGCCAACACUUAUCAUCACGCAGGACCUGUGCCAGGUGUGUGCUCCAUCUUCAAGGAGUGUGUCGGGUCUUUCAAUAGGGAUCCCUCCUGAGGUUCAAGUGCUUUCCUUGAGCCCGGAAAGUCUGGAGGAUGUCUUAGAGAGCAUUCGGCUUGUGGCUUCCAGCGCCGGCUAUCCAGAGCGUGGAAUCACCCUGGCAGAUCAGCUUCAGAGCCAACUCAAGCAGCUUCAAGAGACAGUUCUUCGACACCGCCCUCCCCAGGGCGCUCGUAUGUAUUUGCUUGAAUGGCUCUCACCACCGUUCAAUGCCGGCCAUUGGAUGCCAGACAUGAUGCAAUGGGCCUGUGUAGAACAUGCGGCCGAAGAGGAAAGCAGCUCCAGGAAAUCCAAGGAAGUUACCUGGCAAGAUGUUGCCAAAACCAAGCCCAGCCUUUUGCUGGUGGCCUGCUGCGGCUUCAAUCUGGAACGCAAUUAUCAGGAUGCUGCAGCUGUACAGGACCAGCUCGCGGCAGUCUUUCAGGACACACCAAGGACACCUGUAGCUUUUGCGACGGAUGGGGAUCAGUUCUUCGCAAGACCUGGGCCCAAGCUGCUGCUGGGCACGGUGAUCAUGGCACUCUGUGCGUAUUGCGAGGAGCCUGAGGUGCCGGAAGCCAUCAAGGGCCUGCAUUUUGCAAAAGCAGCUACGGCCUAUAAGAGAAUUCCACUUCAACAGGGAGUCAAGAGGAGGAAGACUGAAGAGACACACAAGAUCACCGAUAUUGAAGAUUUCUUCAAACUGCAUCAAGAGGCUUGUGAGCGAGGAGACACCUUCUAUACAGAUCCUGUCAGUGGCUUCUUGGUUUUCACUGAAGUUGCACACAAAAAGCGAGGCAAAUGCUGUGGCUCGGGCUGUCGCCACUGUCCCUACAAUCAUGUGAAUGUUUGCGACGAGCAAAAACUGGCACGUAUUCAGCAACCAGCCAUCCUAUGUCGAGGAACAUCUUUGAAGUUUUCUCCUGACUCAGCUGCUGAAAUUCGUGUUUUAUUCUUCAGCGGUGGGAAAGACUCCUUCUUGACCCUUCGUGCACUUGCACGAGAAAUGUCCGAUUCAGCAGUGGGAAUUGUUUUGUUGACCACAUUCGAUGCACCAAGCCGAAUUAUUGCCCAUCAAGAUAUCUCCAUCGACAUGGUCCAGCGGCAAGCGAAGCACUUGGGCCUCACCCUCUUGGGCAUUCCCAUGCACCGCGCCAGUAGCGAGAGCUAUGUGAGCCGCGUGACUAAGGGCCUGGAGCUGCUUCGUCAGCAGUUCGGACCGAAGGUGAAGAGCCUUGUGUUUGGAGAUUUGCAUUUGGAGCACAUCAAGACAUGGCGUGAAGCAGAGCUGGGAAAGCUCGGCUACAGUCUUGAGUUUCCGCUGUGGCACUCUUCCUAUAAAGAUCUUGAGCAGGAUUUGACCGCCUCGGGGGUGCGAGUGGUUGUCUCCUCCUCCACCAUUGACAGCGUUGAGCUUGGUGAAGUCUAUGACCAGCGCUUGCGUGAUCGCUUACGCGCACAGAAGGAGGACGUGUUUGGAGAGGGAGGGGAAUUCCACACCGUUGCAGAGGUUUGGAGCGUGGAGCCAGAGCUCGCACUUGGACUGCAGAGAGAGGAAAGUGAGCCAAGCAGAAACUCGAUCUUUGGUGGGCUAUGGUCGAAGAUGCCUCGCUAUGGAGUGGUCCAUGGCAACUUGGUGCUUGCCGUGGCGGCCUCACGCAUUGAGGUGUCCUUGGCAGACUUUGUCGCAUCGCUACGAAAGGAAGGGCAGUGGCCUGCGCUCUACGCGGACGGCGCUGCGAACUUGGAGAAAUCCUUCGAGUUUUUGAGGCUCCUGACGCAGAGCGCAGUUGGGCAGCCGAGGCGUUUGCUCUUCAAGCGCACCGACCUCUGGCUGGGCGGAGAGACCCUGUCGACACUGCACUUCGACAACGUUGAGAAUCUCUUUGCCCAGCUGGUGGGAGAGAAGGAGUUUCUGCUUUGCCCACCGGGCGAUACUCCCUUGCUGGCAGAUGGGCGGCUCAGAAAAGCCUACGUCGGGCAGGCCCAGAACAGAUCAGCAGAGCUGCCUAGCUUGCUCAUGAGGCGGAAGGACUCUCAGAUGAAGCAGCCGGGGCACUCGUGGAGACACGGUCCUUUGAUGGGCAGCAAAGAUGAGAAGUUGACCAGCAAUCGCCCGCCGUCAGUCUCCUCGGUCUCGGUCUUCACUCGAAUGGAGGUCAUGAACUACGCGGUCUAUGACGUGGACGAUCCACCCGAGGAGCGCGGGAGCCCGGGAAAGCCCGGCUUUGACGACGGAUUGGGUGGUGAGCUGACCGCUCCGUAUGCUGAGCUCGCCGCCCAGUUGAGAAAGACGGUGGUGACCGUACGCGCAGGGGAAGUCUUGUACUUGCCCUUCGGUUGGUGGCACCAGGUGCGAGGACGUCCCUCGCCCAGCGGACUUUGCUGUUCAGCUGCCUCCUUCUUUCAGCCUUUCUUCGUGCGUUUACAACCCAAGUCCUUAAGCCUCACCGGCCCUCUGCUGCGUGGAGCCGCAGCUGGCCGGGCCGAAGCAACGAACGAAGGGUUUCUGAUGAAAGGCACCCCAGGAGCGGUUUUGGAAACCCAAAGGGGCCCCGUUGCUGGUUCAAGGUUUGGGAGACAUCCAUCCAAAAGAUCCAAGUGUUGA